UUUACGAAGGCGCUGGUGGUAGAACUCUGGCGGUUUUUAUUUUUGGACUUUUUAACGUAUGUAAUACGUUUUCUGCUAUCCCAAGCAGAUACCGGAAUUUAAGGCAGUCACAUAUGUAAGCAGCUAUAAGCCAAAAUAAGCGAUGACAGACGUCUCCAAGCGGCUGGAGGAAAUCCGGAGCAGGGCGGAGACUUCCCUCUCGUCCAACGGGUCUGCUCAGGAGGUGAAGGAUGACGUUCAGGCCAUGGCCAACAUGCCCAUCCCGCUGUCUGCCAAAUACUGCCAUAUUCCUGCAGAGAUCAUGGUGAGGGAGAACAGCGCUGGGGACUCCUGGCAGGAGAGUGUCACCUCCUUGGGGAAGCUCUACACGGCCCUGAGCAUCCUGGAGAAGUACGGCCUCAACCUGACCAGCCCGACCAGGCCCAAGUACUGGCGUAGCGUCAAGUUCAACAACCCCGUCUUCAGGGCCACUGUGGGCUCUAUCAAGGGUGGAAAAGAGGUGCUCCAUCUCUACGGAUACUGCAGCGAGCAGCCGGAUGGGCUGUCCUUCCCUGAAGACAUCACAGAUCCAAAUGUGAAGGAGGUCGCUGCCUUGACUCUGGAAGUGAUGACCCUGCGACUGGAACUGGACAUGCUGAUAAAGAAUACUCACUGCAGUCCAGAGAUCUUUAAGGCUAUAAUUCCUUACAAGGGAGCAGAGGAUGUGCAGGAACAGAAGUGGCCCCCUUCAGACGCUACGUCCCUUCCCGGCAUCGGGGACACGCCUGAUGGGAUGCCACAGCCGCAGUCCCCAACUCCCCCGGCCAAGCAAACCCCGAGUCCUGGAAGCACACCCAGUCCUGGGGCACCCAGUACAGCAGACACAGUAGGGGGAUGUAACAUGUGUGGUAACACUCCCACAGUCAUGUGUGGGGCCUGUUCCUCCAUUAAAUUCUGCAACAACUGCGACCUGGUCUACCACCGCCACCCUGACAGAGCCAGUCACGUACGGGAGGCCCUGCAGGCUCCUGUCCUCGAUAACUGCACCAUCUGCGGCAGCUUCCCCGUCUGGGCCUACUGUCCCACUUGCAGGCAGAGGCAGUGUGAGACCUGCGACAAGCUGUAUCAUUCUCACCCGGAGCGCCGGGGCCACAACAGAAUUCCAGUGAUGGCUCCGCCGAAAAGCAUGAGAUCCUCGCUAUCUUCAUGGGAGUGCACUUAUUGCACAACAGUGAAUGAGGUUCAGGCGGUGCUGUGUGGGACCUGUGACCGACCCAGGCUAGCCUCUGCUGCCUCCACUGUCCUGGAGGACUCACUACAGGCUUCCAUCGUCUCAGAGUGGCAGUGUAAAAGCUGCACAGUGAUGAACUCCAGCAGCAGUGUGCUUUGUACGGUGUGUGAGCGCCCCCGCUUGGCCACGCGUCCACCUGUGACGUCCGCACACCCGGCGACAGCAACCCCAAAAAGUCUGGGAACCGCAGACACACAAUGGAUGUGCCAGUUCUGCACCUAUGCUAACUCCAAGCCCGCUGACACAUGCGAGAUGUGCAGCCUGCCCCGCACGGGCCAGGCGCCCAAGACCCCCACAGCCCCCAUGCUUGGCACGCGACUGAAUGCGCUCUCCCUGAAGACUCCGGCCCCGGCCAUAGAAAACUCCGACUUGAAGAGGCAGAAGCAGAUGAGGGACGAGGGCCUGAAGCUGAUCCAGGAGAUUCGAGAGGGGGAGAAGAGAGGGGUGACCCCCGAGGAGGUGUACGCCGCUGUGUGCGUCUCCGGGGGCAGCAGCGUGAACCCCUGCGACUGGCUGCACUCGGAGCUGCCCCACCUGCUCGACGAGAUCUGUGCCAUGGCCGCCUCUGUCCAGCGGGACCCGGGCGACCCCAGCGUGCGGCUGUCCAGGGCCGAAGCGAAGCGCGCGUGGUUGGCGGCCGGCGGCGACGCCGAGAAGGCCGUCACCCAGGUGCUGAGGAACAGGUGGGCCAAGAUGGAGGAGCUCUCCUCUCUAGGGUUCCGGGAGGCAGACAAGUGUGAGGAGGCGCUGAGGAUGAGCGGAGGGGAGGUGCGUGGGGCCCUGUCCUUCCUGCAGCGUCCCCUACUGGAGGAAUUCCACAAGCGCGUGUGGAGCGACCUGCCUGAACCCACGAUCGACAUCAAAGACCCCGACAGACAGCGGAUGUGCCGGCGGCUCCUGGCUCUGUACAGCCUGCCGAGCUGGGGGCGCUGUGAGCUGGCACUGUCCCUACUGCAGGAGCCCGACAUCCAGUACUCCCUGGAGGACGUACUGCAGGCUGUCCGUGAGUCACAUGACCGUGACUUCAUCCGCCGGGUCCUCGCCAAGGAGUGCCCAUGCUGCCUGUCUGUAUUCCCCCACAACAAGAUGCGGUCACUGACCUCCUGUGAGUGCUCCGUGUGCUGUGAAUGCUUCAAGCAGCACUUCACCAUCACAGUGCGAGACAAACACAUCAGAGAGAUGGUUUGUCCCGUGUGUGGAGGUCCGGAUAUCAAUGACCCCGAGCAUCUCAACACCUACUUCUCCACUCUGGAUAUCCAGCUGCGCGAUUGUCUGGAGCCCGAGGUAUACGAGCUCUUCCACAAGAAACUGAUGGAGCACUCCCUCAUCCAGGACCCCAAAUUCCUGUGGUGCAGCCAUUGCUCCUACGGAUUCAUCUAUGAUGGAGAGCAAGCCAAAGUCACCUGCCCUCAGUGCAAGAAUAGCUUCUGCGCACAGUGCAAGAAAGCUUGGGAGGCCCAACACGCCGGCCUCUCUUGCGAGCAGUUCCAGGCCUGGAAGCGAGAGAACGACCCUGAAUACCAGAAGCAGGGUCUGGCCGGUUAUCUCCGUGACAACGGCAUCACUUGCCCCCACUGCCGGUUCCAGUACGCCCUGACCAAGGGAGGCUGCAUGCACUUCACCUGCUCCCAGUGCCGCUACCAGUUCUGCAGUGGCUGCAACAACCCCUUCCACACCACUUGCUCUGUGGCCCAGUGCAGCGUGUCGGGGCUCCAUGCACAUCAUCCCCGGGACUGUCUCUUCUACUUGAGGGACUGGGACCCGGUCCAGCUGCAGGCUCUGCUUCAGAAAAAUGGCGUGGAGUUCAACACGGACCCCCCCCAGGGAGCACAGCCAGGGCAGUGUGGCGUUAUGGAGCAGAAGGAUGAGGGGGGGCAGCAGCUCGACCUGCCCUGUGGGGCCCAGUGUCAGGCGGGACAUGCGGGGCUCUGCGAGAAGCACUACAAAGAAUACCUGGUCAGUCUCAUCAAUGGCCACUCCCUUGACCCCGCCCCCCUGUUCGAAAAGAAUGACAUCGUGGUGGCUUGUCGGAGAUACCAAGUUGAUGAACGACGGGGGGAGGUGGAAGACGACAAUACGUAUUGUGCCCGACUGCUGAAGAAACUGAUGGACGAGGUGCCGAUAGGGGACAAGGUCCCACGGAUGAAAUGAAGCAUCAUGUUGCUGUAACCUUAACUGUUCUAAGCCCAGCUAAAAGGUUUUCUUUCACAUAUCCUGACGGGGCAUCUUGUUUGCCUUCAUGUAAACCUACAGGGUGAUUGGAUUACUGGAAAUCUUAUUUUUCUUAUUCUUAACACCUCUGAUCAAACUAGGAAAUACAUUUAAUCGCAUUUACAACACAUGAAUUGUUGCAGAUUAGCAAAAAUUUUAGAGAUCAUUUAAUUAAACAUACAUCGGCUAGAGAUGAUCUGCACUGCUGCUAAUAGGGCCACCAUUACAGCUGGAGCUCAGCUAUAAACACACACAGCAGCAUGUCACAACAACAGUCACCUGCCCCUGUCGGUGGGUUUCCUGAAGAGCUGCUUCUUGCACCAUCUGCACAUUAGAGGGCCCUGUCUCUGGGACAGUGAAGCCAGCACCCUGCCCUGCAACUUCGGAUCUUCGCAAGCCGGAAAUCCUCACAGGAGCCCGACACAGCAUUUCAAAAGCAAUCACACCCAACUAAUCAAAAGCUCAGUUUUAUGCCCUUUUCCACCAUUUUGCUAUUCUGCUAAAUAAAGUUCUCAAAUAAAACCAA